AGUUGCAGAAGGACAAUUGUAAAGCUUUCUCUGUCGAUCAGAGCUGUCAAUCACUCUGGCGGCAAGGCUUUGAUCUCCCCCAGUCUCCCUCCUUCCAGCCUGGUUUUUUUUCCUCUCUCUUUCCUGAGCUGCAUUACUCUCUGCUGUCUCCCAACUAGUCUUCUUGGGCUUGCUUUAACUAGCUACAGUCCCCAGAAAGCAGAAAGUAGGCGAACAAAUAGUUUGCACUGAAGCAGGCUGAAACGUCUUUCUGAAAAGUAACGAUUUAUAGUAACACAAAAAAAGGACUGGCUUCUUUUUUGUCAAUAGUCAGUUCCCCCCACCCCCCUCCCUUCAAGAUUCCAGAUCGUGUUGCCCCCAAACACUGCUAAAGAACAGGGGGAGGCAUCAUUAGGUUCUGUUGAAACUUCAGAAAGCAGGGAUGCCGCAGCUAAACAGCGGUGGCGACCCGGAGCUCGGAGCCAACGACGAGAUGAUUUCGUUCAAGGACGAAGGGGAGCAGGAUGAUAAAAUCCUGGCGGAGAUCAGCGCCACCGAGGAGAGGGAUCUGGCCGACCUGAAGUCCUCGCUGGUGAACGAGACGGAGACUAACGCGGGCAGCGACAGCAGCAAUAGCGGCGGCAGUAACCCGGCCGAACAGGAGGUAGGCAGACGGCCACAAGUUAACGAGGAGCCCUUUCGGGACAAAGCGAGAACCGGUAUCGAGGAGGUAGGGAAGAGACAGGAUACGGCGAUCUUCAAAGGUCCGGCUUACUGCCCCUACCAGCCAGGUUAUGUCAUGGUGCCUAACAUGAACGACGACCCUUACCUGAACAACGGUUCCCUCUCACCUCCAGCGCCCAGAACGUCCAACAAGGUGCCGGUGGUGCAGCCGUGCCAUGCAGUUCACCCGCUCACGCCCCUCAUCACCUACAGCGAUGAGCACUUCGCCCCUGGAUCACACCCCACACAAAUCCCCACAGACAUCAACUCCAAAAGAGGCAUGCAGAGACACCCCGCAGGUCCUGAUAUCCCCUCCUUCUAUCCCCUGUCUCCAGGUGCUGUUGGACAGCUCACGCCCCCUCUCAACUGGUUCUCUCAUCCAAUGGUCCAUGGGAACCCGAAUCCUCCUACCACUGGUAUUCCACACCCAGCCAUUGUGAACCACCAAAUCAAGCAAGAACCCAUUCACAACGAGAUUGAGCACAUGGACGUAAAACCUCACCACGAAACAAGGAAGGAACAAGAGGCCAAAAAACCUCACAUCAAGAAGCCGCUCAAUGCCUUUAUGUUGUACAUGAAGGAGAUGAGAGCAAAUGUGGUGGCAGAGUGCACAUUGAAAGAGAGUGCAGCUAUCAAUCAAAUUCUCGGCAGGAGGUGGCACGCUUUGUCUCGCGAAGAACAAGCGAAGUACUAUGAGCUGGCACGCAAGGAGCGGCAACUCCACAUGCAGCUCUACCCCGGCUGGUCUGCACGAGAUAACUAUAAGGGAAAGAAGAAGAAGAGGAAACGUGAAAAGAUGCAGGAAACCACCUCAGGCCACUCACCAAAGCUCCUGCUCCUGCAGCCAGGAGAGCAGGAUGGGUUGGGGCACAGACUACUCCGCGAUUGUCAGCAGCGCUGUUCCAUCAUCAGCCAGCAGAAGGCGCAAACCAAGUGGGCCGAGCCCGACGAUGUCAGUUUUUUCCCUCCUCCACCAGAGAUGGAACGUCUCACUUCCAAGUGGUGCUCCAUCUAGCAGCCCACCUGAAAACUGACACACGCAAGCACCAAAUACUUAAUCAGAAUAAUAAUUAAAAAAAAACAAACACUCGCCCGACUGAAGCCGUCCAUUCUGAGUGGCAGGAAGCUCCAGGACUCGGGAUUUUGGGAGCUUUGUGUUUGGGGACUUGAUCACUCAAUGACUUGAGCAACUGGGCUGCUGCCGAGACUGUUGUAUUCAUUUGAUCAUGCUGUUGGACAUGCCCAGUUCGACUCCAGAUGACCCCCACCUUCCCCCCUUCUCUCUUUCCCACUCGAAGCGGGAGCCUCUCACCACAUCGGUCAUGCUUUUGUUUUUGCAAUGCACCCUGUUCCCAGUUUUCAUUUAAACACAGAGCAGAGUGCCGGGCUUUCUGUGCUCCAUCCAAGGAGUCACUCUGCAUGUGUGCUGUAGGGCGGAAUUGAGAGUUGGGUCUUCCUUUUUUUCAUUAAGGAAAUACUUUUUGUUUUGAUGUGGAAGCUCUAUUCCCCAAGUGGCUUUUCAACUCCCUGCUACAGUGCACGUACAUGUGACUUUAAGAAGAAAGGCGACCUAAAUUGAGAUUGCAGUAAGCUAAGACCAAUGUGUAAUAUAGGCGUCCAUGACCUUGUUUGACUGAAAGGACAUUUAUACAGUCCCCCACUUUGUCCACUAUCACGCCCUGGCUCUAUUUGGUUCUGAUCCACUUGUGACCAUGAUUGCACUUAACAGGAUGGUGAUACCAACAUCCAUGGUAAUGGGAGAUGCGCUUCAAUGGGUGUUGAUUCGGGGCAGCCAAUGUUGUACCCCCACCCCACCCAUGCUCCCAGAAGGUGCAUUGGUCCACACAGUGGCCCUGUAAGGUCAGGGCCUCAGUAUUAACCUACAAUCGAGGGCUUAUGGACCAGGUUCUAUCACUCUAGGACACCAAUACUCCUUCAGAACUGCUGCAGGACAUUGUUCUAUUUAAAAAGAUAGAAAGGAAAAAAAAACUGGAACAGAAUAUUAAAUGGUGUCUUUUCAUUUAAUGAGUGUUUUGAUUGAACUGAAGGGACAGAUUUGUAGCAAAGAAAUAUCUUUCACAUUGCAGACACAGCGGGAAUUCUUAAGUAAGCUUUCUCGGGAGCUGUAUCAUGAUACUUAUUCCUUUUAAAGCAGAUUUGAAAUUUUAAAAAAUAAAGUCAAAAGCUGUUUUUUUUUAAAUAUUUUAGUGUGGUUUAUCCUUUGUUCACAUGGAGGCACUAUAAUGUUGCUUUUGUGACAUAAGGGAGUAUAGAGGGUUAUGUUACUGGGUUAGUCAUUUAGAGACCUUCAAUUAAUCUGAGACGCCGGGAAUUUAGAGCUUGUCGUGACAAUUUGAGAAAAUUAGCAAGUAGUUGUCAAUAAAAGUGACCAAACAACGUUAGGAUUAUCAUAAAAAUCCAACUAUUUUCAGUAAUGCUCUGGAAAGAAGAUAAUUUCUCUUCUGUAUGGAUUUUGGUUCACACGUGACUCCAAUCCCAGACCCAUUGUGGUUGACUCAAACCAGCCCUCUGAAGUGGCCUUUAUUAGGGGGCUCAGAGUGCCAGGAUGGGCAUUAUCAGUGACAUCCAAAUCCUGAUGGUGGGCAAGAAAAGCGAAAACAUCUUAUCAUUGCAAAACCCAAAAAAUAAACCGGAGACAACUGGCACAAUGCACUUUGAUCCUGCUCAAGGUUAGGGCUCUGUUUAGGAAACAAAGGCUCCAGUUCAAGAAGCAGACCUACCCGUUGACAUUGAAGGGCAGCGUUGCUGGGUGCAGAAGAUGUGAAAAUUCUGACAGAAAUCACAUUUCUUCCAGUGAGGAAGUACACUCCUUGCUGCUAAUGGGAAGCAGCUUUAUAUAAAUGUGUGUGUUGCCUUAUUGCUGUGAACUUGCUGGCUUGAAGCCUAAAGGGCCUUUCCUAUGCAGGAAGCCAAGUGUUUUUAUUUGAAGCAGACAGGAAAGCCUUCCUGGCAAGAGAAACGCGCCCCCCCCCGUUUGGCAUUUCUUUGGAAUCGUAAGAGAUACAAUAAACUAAAACUGUUACCAUCAA